UAAGGGAACAAUCCCAGCUGCUUGCUGCCGCCUCUCUGCCAGGAGACAUUUUUCUACUGCCUCUCUUCUAACAAGUUCCCGAGUCACAUUCCUCCUAAGCAGGGAGAGAUGGGGACCUGCUUAUGCACUGAAGUCCUCCACUGGGCCCUUCAGAUUAACCUGUGAGGCAGGUGAGAAGAGGAAUGAAGUGUCAGACGGGUUAGUAGUUUGUCCAAGUAAGCUAACACAGAGGGGCGCUGAGGUCUGGGUCCUGCUCUUCGCACCAGCACAAGGGUCCCGGCUCAUGAGUUCGUUCAUUCUCCCUCACUAGGUUCUGAGGUCCUGCAGGACGAGGGUGUUGUCUCAUGUAUACAUUCAGGACUUUCCAAAUAUCGAUUUCUUUCCUCUCCCUCCCUCUUCUGUCAAUAAAGACAGGCUGGGAUGUGUAACUCAUGCUGAAUAAAGAUAGGCUUGGUGGCAUUCAAGAGUGUAUGUAUGCCCAGGUAAUUCACUGAAGAAAUAACACUGAUACACAUGGCACGAAUAAUCCAAGGCAGUUAAGUAUUUACUGUGCUUAAAUGGGUAGCUGAAGAAAGGGGAGGAGUGGGGGAAAGUGGACUGCACAGAGGAGGAAGAAGUCUUGAACCUGGGAAGAUGGGAUGGGGUUUCGAUCUGCUCAUCAAAUCUAAAAGUCUGCCCUCUACCUUGGCAGGCCUGGUGCUGAGUAUGGGAUAGGCUGGGAAAUCAGGAUAGAUAAGUAAUGGGGUAUUUGGGGGCUGAACUUGGUGUUUUCAGGGAAAAAUAAGAAACCGAGGCUUAGAGCUAUCACAUAAGGACACUGUCCCAUAUGACGGUGGGAAUAACAUCUCCCUCCAAAGAAUGCUGUUUAGAUGAGAUGAAUGAGGGAUGUGAUCCAGUCGCCAGCAUCAAUAAGUCUCUUUUAGACUACUCAGCAAUACUGCCAUCUUCUCGGGAAAAAGUCAGUGCCUAGUGUCAGAGGGACACAGCUUUUCCUGGAGAUCUUCCAGCUUUGAGUUAAUUGUUCUCACUUUUGAAGCUGUGACUCCUGACUGUAUCCCACAGCCGAGAGCUGUCCAGAGAAGAAGCACUUAUUCCCAAAAGGUUGACACCUAAGAUGUGUGUGGAACCAGUAAGCAGGACCCAGUCCGCUCUAAGGAGGAGUCACACAGAGUGCAAACUUCAGGUCAUGGGGCAAUAUAGCGCUGGGUGUGGGGGUGCCCAUCUGCCCAUCUGUAAUCCCAGCACUUGGGAUGCAAAAGCAGGAGGAUCAGGAGUUCAAGGCUAGACUUAACCACAUAAGACCCUGUCUCCAAACAAACAGAAAUAGUAAGAAAAUGCAAGGCUUUUGACAACUUUUCUCAGUUUUUCUUUUUUUUUUUUUUUUUUGUUUUUUGAGCCUGUCCUGGAACUAGCUCUUGUAGACCAGGCUGGUCUUGAACUCACAGAGAUCCGCCUGCCUCUGCCUCCCAAGUGCUGGAAUUAAAGGUGUGUGCCACCACCUCCCGGCUCUUUUCUCUGUUUUUCUUGUCAUUUGAAUUUUCGGUCACCCUUGCCAGCAUGGCUAUGCAUGGCUGGGUGCUCUGUUAGAGCAAACAGGAUCUUAAAGCAUGAUCCGCUCUGUCCAAAUUUCUUGUGGGAAACAGUCUGGAACCCUGGUCACCUUGGAUAUCGUAGCUUAAAUCAGGGUCUUGGCCAGAGUUUGUUUGUUUGUUUUUGAGACAGUAUCUCACUGUGUAGUCCUGGCUGGCCUCGAACUCACAGAGAUCUGCCUGCCUCUGCCUCCUGUGUGCUGGGGUUAAAGGCGUGCACCUCCAUUCCCCAAGUCAUUUUAUUUUUGAAAGAGGGACACUCUGUGUCACCCGGGCUGGCCUCAAAAGCCCUGAAGUCAAGCAACUUGCUCGCUUCAGCCUCCUGCACAUUAAGGUUUAAAGUGAGGGGGUUAUGGGGAAGUCUCCAUGGAGCCUGAACAACUUGAUAGUCACCAGAAACAGUUUUGCACUUUUGUUUCUUGAGACAAGGUACAUACUCACUAUGUAGCCCAGACUGACCUACUGGAAUGGAGGUCCAACCCACCAUGCCUGGAUCUUUUUGAGCUUUUGAAUGUUAUACCAUACACGAUUGCUACCUAUUGAAAAAUAAAUUACUUUGAGGAAUUUAGUGGCAUCCUAUGUAUCUUUUGUUUUGUUUUGUUUUUGUACCAUUGUCUCAUCUUUGUGUAAAGUCUUGUUUUUAUGAUUCAAGCUGUUCUACUACAUCAAUUUUUCUGGGGAGCAAGCACUGUUACAUGCUUUGGAAGUGAUAAUGCCAGCUGGCCACCACUUUGUGGCUAGAAUACAAGCCUCCCAACCCUCAAGUCAACACUAUCCCUGAAUCUGCCUGCCAACUUUGUGGUAGAAUCUGGCUGCAUAAAGCCCAAAGAAACACAGAUCAAUCAGGAGCCUGUGAUUUCAUUCAGUUCAGAGCAGGACAUAGUCAGUAACAAACCUUGAUGGAAAGUCUCCACUGCACAGAACUCUGCCCCUUCCUAGACAACGGAAAACACAAAGGCACCACAGUCUAACUGACCAGCAGGUGCCACUGAUGGCAGAGCCUUGUGCUAGGAUAUGAACCUGCUGCCUGAUAGGUAUGCAAAUGCCUAUGUCUGAAAGGUAGUGUGAUCACAGAAGGGCGAGCCAUCUGCUGGACAGCUGCCAAACUUCUGGAGAUUUAAAGCAUGAACAUCACAUAUACAAGCCCAGGGAUGUGGCUUCAACUUCUCAAGUCAAUGUUUUCCUACUGGAUUUCCAAUUUCCUAUUCCACCUAAUGGGGGAAGUUCAAAAGAGCUAUGGUCAGACUUACCAAGAUAAUUAGAAUUUGCUAAGGUACCAUGUGGUAAAUACUCAUUGCAUCAUUGGGUAUUGGGGGUCCUACAGUGUGGUUGGCAUUCUGGGAGAGAGACAUACUGUUUUCCUUUUUUUCCUAUGCAUCCAUAGUUACCUAUUAAUCUGGUGUCCAAAAAUUGUUUUAGCCUAGUAUGGUGGUUCAUGCUUGUAAUACAUGUAUUCAGGAGGCAGAGGCAGGAGUGCCAUGAGUUUAAGGUUGGUCUGGUCUAGUGGCUGUUAAAUUGCUGAGUUGUCUAGAGUUAUCCUUACUUGCUAUUUAGUUUACAGCUGGCCUUCUAAAUGAUGCUCUUAAAAUAGUCUAAUAGUACUACUGUGCGUUGUGUACUAGCUAUAUGCCAGGCAUUCUGGUAAGUGCUUUAUAUGACUUGUUUUUUAAACAAUCUUUUUAUUUUAUAUAUGCAUGUGUGUAUACAGCAUAUGUGCAUGCAUGCUUGCACUCGUGUGUGAAUGUGGGCAUGCACACGUGUCAUGGUGUCCAGCCUUGGGUGUUCGUUCUUGCUUUCCACCCUGUUUGAGACAGGGUCUCAUUAUCACUGGCUGGCCUGAGUCUCUGGAGAUUCUCCUAUCUCAGACUCCCAUCUCCCUGCAAGAAUGCUGGGAUUACAGAUGUUCCUGAUACACAGCCAGCUUUUGCACAGGUUUUGGGCAUUUGAAUUCAGGUCCUCACAUUUGUGACAAGUGCUGAACCCACUAAGCCAUUUUACCAACCCUAUGCCAAUUAUUUCACUCAGUUCUCACACCAAUUCCAGUUUUACAAAGGGAGAAAUUCAGCUUCAUCAAACAUCAUUUGUACUGGUUCACAGGUGGUGAAACAAGGAUUCCGAUCCAGACUGUUACUAAGUCAGUAGCAUAGUGACCGGCUGUAUGUCUGGCAUGGAGGGCAGAGGAGGAAUGACAUUGCUACUCCCACUCCGCCUUCCUCAGGAUCAUGAUCUAGGCAAAUCGUUUUUAUUUCCAAAUCCAUGGUUGUUUGCUUUUGAAUCAGGGAGUCCAUCACAAUGUAGCUCGGGCUUGCUUUGAAGAUCCACCUGCCCCAGGCUUCCCAGUACUGGAGCCACAGAUGCAUGCCACCACAUCCCAUCCCAGUACAUGACUGUGACAUUGAGACUCUACAACGUGCUUGCAUGCCUCCGUGGGUGGGGGGUUCUUUUGAUGGGGGGGUGUAAGGGUGAGUUGAAACCUCGUCUCAUGAAGACUUGACUGUCAUGCAACUUAGGAUAGCUAAGUAUAAAUGUCACAUCCUCCUGCCUCCACCUCCUGAGUGCUGGAAUAACCAGGGUCAACCACUAUCCCCAGCUUUGAAGCCACAUUUUCAGUGGUGGGUACUCCCAAGGAAGAACUGGUAUUUGGAGGGAAUCUGAUGAAGUUUCUCUGACCUUUAAUCUUCUUUCCUGUUUAAGAAAAUACGUUUUCUGUGUUCAUGUGUGUGUGUGCGCGCGCGCGCGAGCGCGCUGUGCAGACUUGUAACCCCACACUCAGAAGACUAAGACAGGAGGAUCCUCAGUAUAAAGAGAAUUCUGGAAACAGCUGUAAUAACUAGGUAGGUUAUUUCCUCAAACGAUUCCUCUGAGGUUUUUUUUUUCCUUUUGAAAAAUGGUUCUCUUAUUGCAUGCCUGUUGGGAGAACUAUUGAGAUAAUGAAUCUACCACGUAAUUCACAUCCAAUAAACUGUCAACGGGAUUAAGAGUCGUAAGCAAAUUACAGGAUCACUGGUGAGACAGGCCUGUUUGGAGAGCAUCGAGUAACAGUUUGUUCAGCUGAAUACAGCUCCGAUCUCAAAGGUGCACGCACCUGAUCCAAGAUCUUGGGAUCCAGACUUAAAAAUAUUAGUCGAUGAAUAAGGCCAAUUCUAUCGGGGAAACGGGAUGUCAUUUACGAAACAAGAUCUAUGCAGCCACCUACUAACUAAUUCCUUUAGUCCCCUGUGGUUCAGCUAGCUGUAAAGUGAGCAUUCGGGCCUCAUCUUAGUUCUGAGCCUACAGGCUGAAUAUGGAAGCCUCUGAAAAGAACAUCAUUCGCGCACGCGAGUUUGCAGCUCGCCAGUCCCCGCGGCCCACGCCCACGCUCAGCAGCAGUCUCGGAGCCCCCGCUCUGCCCUCUCUUCCUGGUUUUCCCCAGCAACCCGCCCCUCUGGAGUCACGUGACAGGGCGCCGGCCGGACUGAGCCCCCGAUUGGCCGGGCUUCAGGACGCCUCGCGAUUGGCCCGGGGCGGCGGGCCCCCGCCUCCCUCCUCCUCCUCGCCGCGGCCCACGUGAGGGGGGCGAGUCACGCGAUUUCCGGGAACCCGUCAGGAAGGACAUAAACAAAACAAACCCGAGGCAGCAUGGAGAGGGGCCGCGGCUGCGGCAGCGCGGUCGAACCCAGCGCUUGAGAGACCCUCAGCUUCAGAACUACAAAAUUAUUUUUUUAAAAAAGUGGUGACCCAAGCAGUUGAACUGAAGGCAUUCUGGGAAAACGUGCUGUUUAUUGUGAGAAUCAUCUUUGAUCUUGGAAUUAAAAGUAAAGCUGGAAAGAAAUUUACAAACAAGACAAAGAAGAAGUUUGGAAUUGGACUCACAGGAUCUGGGCUUGGAAAUGCCUCAGCCCAGCGUAAGCGGAAUGGACCCGCCUUUUGGGGAUGCCUUUCGAAGCCACACCUUUUCAGAACAGACUUUGAUGAGCACAGAUCUCUUAGCCAACAGUUCUGAUCCAGAUUUCAUGUAUGAGCUGGAUAGAGAGAUGAAUUAUCAACAGAAUCCUAGAGACAACUUACUUUCUUUGGAAGACUGCAAAGACAUUGAAAAUCUGGAGUCUUUCACAGAUGUCCUGGAUAAUGAGGAUGCUUUAACCUCAAACUGGGAACAGUGGGAUACAUACUGUGAAGACUUAACUAAGUACACCAAACUAACCAGCUGUGACAUCUGGGGGACAAAAGAAGUGGACUACCUGGGUCUUGAUGACUUUUCUAGCCCUUACCAAGAUGAAGAGGUCAUAAGUAAAACUCCAACCUUGGCCCAGCUUAAUAGUGAGGACUCUCAGUCUGUUUCUGAUUCCCUUUAUUAUCCCGAUUCCCUCUUCAGUGUCAAACAAAAUCCCUUGCCCCCAUCAUUCCCUAGUAAAAAGAUCACAAGUAGAGCAGCUGCCCCUGUGUGUUCUUCAAAGACACUUCAGGCUGAGGUCCCAUUGUCAGACUGUGUCCAAAAAGCAAGUAAACCUACUUCAAGCACACAGAUCAUGGUGAAGACCAACUUGUAUCAUAAUGAAAAGGUAAAUUUUCAUGUUGAAUGUAAAGACUAUGUAAAAAAAGCAAAGGUCAAGAUCAGCCCUGUACAACAGGGCUGGCCUUUGCUGAGCCAGGCACACACAGAUGCAACCAAGGAGAACACCUGCUAUUGUGGAACUGUGGCUAAGAGACAGGAGAAAAGGGGAAUGGAGCCUCAUCGGGGUCAUGGCACUCCUGCUUUGCCUUUCAGAGAAUCCCAGGAGCUAUUACUUAGUCCUCUGUCCCAGAGAGGUCCUGGGUCAGUUGCCACAGCAGAGAGUGGCAGCCUUUCUGCCAGCACUUCUAUUUCAGAGUCAUCCCAGAAAAAAGAAGAGCACAAUUAUUCUCUUUUUGUCUCUGACAAUAUGAGAGAAUACCCAACCAAAUGCAGUCCUGAAGAUGAUGAGGAUGAUGAAGAUGAUAUUGAUGAUGAAGACCAUGAUGAAGGGUUUGGCAGUGAGCAUGAGCUUUCUGAAAAUGAAGAAGAGGAGGAGGAGGAGGAGGAGGAAGAGGAUUAUGAGGAUGACAGAGACGAUGAUAUUAGCGACACAUUCUCUGAACCAGGCUAUGAAAACGACUCUGUAGAGGACUUGAAAGAGAUGGCUUCCUCCGCAUCUUCUCGGAAGAGAGGGAAAAGGAGAUACUUCUGGGAAUACAGUGAACAACUUACACAAUCACAACAAGAGAGGAUUCUGAGGCCAUCUGAGUGGAACCGAGACACCUUGCCAAGUAAUAUGUACCAGAGAAAUGGUUUACAUCAUGGGAAAUAUGCAGUUAAGAAGUCACGGAGAACUGAUGUGGAAGACCUGACUCCAAACCCUAAAAAACUGCUCCAGAUUGGUAAUGAACUACGAAAGCUGAAUAAGGUGAUUAGUGACCUGACUCCAGUCAGUGAGCUUCCCUUAACAGCCCGGCCAAGGUCAAGGAAGGAAAAAAAUAAACUGGCUUCCAGAGCUUGUAGACUAAAGAAGAAAGCUCAAUAUGAAGCUAAUAAAGUGAAGUUGUGGGGCCUCAACACUGAAUACGACAAUUUAUUGUUUGUAAUCAACUCCAUCAAACAAGACAUUGUAAACCGAGUUCAGAAUCCAAGAGAAGAGAGAGAACCCAGCAUGGGGCAGAAACUUGAAAUCCUCAUUAAGGACACACUCGGUCUCCCAGUCGCUGGGCAAACCUCAGAAUUUGUUAACCAAGUGUUAGGGAAGACUGCUGAAGGCAACCCCACUGGAGGCCUUGUAGGACUAAGGAUACCAGCAUCAAAAGUGUAAUCAGCCUCAUUGGACCACUGGUCAGAAAUGUCUGUUUUUGUCACUUUAUCCAUUGUAAAUUUUCAUUCUGUUUUGCAUGUCAAUUAGCAUUAUGUAAACAUUUAUAAUUAGGUUACAUUGUUUUAAGAACUUGUAGCAUAAGUGAAGCAUGAUCCAAAUUACUUGAUUAUUGCAUAUUCAGAGCAUAAACCAGUGACCCUGCUGCUGGCAUUAGAAAGGAAGCUCAUGUUAAGUAAAUGUGAAGUACAGAUUGUAAACAUCUGUUCAAGCAAAGCAUUUUGGAGGAGUGAAUAUAUUAAUAUAAUGCUAAGUAUUAAGGUGGGUUUAUGCUCUGAACCACACAGAAAUACCGAGGAAGCAUUUUUUCCAAAUCCAUUUAGAUUGUUUUUAGAAUGACUGCUUUUUUGUUCUAAUUUUUCACAGCCAUUAAUCUCACUUGUAUGUGGUGCACCUAGCACUCAUGUGUGUACCAUGUUUAGAUGUUUUAUUUUUAGAGCUCAAUAUGAUAUAUAAAUAUACAAAUAUAUAUACAUAUAUAAUUGUCUGUGCAAGAAAGAAAAAGCAUAUUCUUUGUGCCUUGUAUUUUGGGGAAACUCUAAAACUGGUAAUAUUUUGUAUGAUGAAAACCCUAAUGAGGAAAAACAAGAUAUAUAGAUGAGAAGAUUAUGGGGUUUAAAUGUCUUUUUGUUCCAACUCUUUUUCAAAUUUUUUGAAUGUAUAUAGGACUAUGUUGAAAUGUAGAUAUAUGCCACAGAGUCUGUGUAUUGUAUAAAAAAAAAGAAACAAAAACAAACAACAAAGAUGGCUCUAGAAAACUCCUAUUUCGGUACUUGACCGGAAGAAAAUACUUGCACAUCAUUGCGAUUGUUUUAUUUUUUCUACCAAAGACAAAUGCAACUGGUAUGGCAGACUGCCAGUCUAAGUAAAGUUUUGCACAGCUUACAUGAUACUGUAUGAAUGUAUGAAAAAAAGAGAAAAAAAUUAAAAGGUCAGGGUUAGGGAUCUUAUUCAACUGUGAAUUUUAUUUCUGUUUGGGUCCAAUUAUCUACAGAAGGAGCAUCCAUACAUACAAAUAUUAUUUUGCUGUUCCUCUAGUUUGCUUCCAUAGUAGAUAAGUUGGUGGCCAUUUAGGUGUCUUUUAUUUCUGCACUUAUUGUAGGAAAUUUUAAUAUAUUUCGUAUUAGUAAGCUAUUGAUAAAAUAGUUUUUGACUUUGAAAAUUAAAGUUUAUUUAGCUUAUUGUAGUAUACUUCCACCAAACAACCAAAAUAAAGAUUAUUUUUAUUGUAUUAUAUAUAUAUAUAUAAAAAGAAAAAAGCUAAAAAUAUCUAAUACUUUAGUUGCCACUUUUCCAAUUGAUGUAUUAUUGUGCAUGUAAUAUUUUCAAAGAUCAACACAAGCUUAAAAAUUUAUAAAUUUUUAUAUUUUUGUACAGGUAUUUUCUUCAAACUUACAUGUGACUUAUUUUCUGUAGUUUCUAGAAUUGAGAACAUGAACAUGUUUAGUUUUUAGGUGCUCUUCUUUGCUCGUGUAAGCGGCUGUAUUAGUCAGUUUAACUGUGCUCAGGCUUUCCCUCUGAUGAGAAACUCAUCUGUCACGGCAGCGUUAUAACCUCCACAUGUCCUGCCAUCUGUCUUUCUUGAUGGUUUUAUCUCAAAUCUUGUGUUUGGAACUAUGAAAACUGGUAGCUUAAAAAGUAAAAGCAAGCAUAUCUAGAAGAAAAACCUGAAUUUCAGACAGUUGCUGUUUCUCCAUUACCCAUUGAUAGAACUAAACUAGUUGUCCUUGGGCCUUGCAGUAGUUUCUUUUCCUUUCUCUUCCUCCUCCCCUUUUGUAAGCUACAGCACAUGAAGGUUCAAUUCUAGAACACAGUAACAAUCCAGAGAUGUGUCUUACUUGCUCUUUGACAUCCUGAAACAUAAACGAAGAACUGUCAUGACAUGUUAGCUAUACUGUGACAAGGCUCCUAUGUGUUUGGUGGAAAUGUACUUGUUCGUGCGCUCACCCAACAGACAGUGAGCUCACAUCUCAUGCUUAGUAGAAUGCAGGUGUUCACUUUUAGCUGGGAGAAAGAAAGCAUAGGUUCACAAAUGGAAGUAUACGAAGGCUUGGCAGUGUAUAUCUGAUAAAUUGUUAGUGUUUCAGAAUAUGGCAGUUUUGUAGUCAAGUGAACAUCGCUUCAUGGUAGCGAUUCAUUUGGUAAAGUUUAUAAAAUUCCCUAUUUAUAGCUGCCCUGUUAGGAAUUCUGGUUUUUGAUACCCUUUUCCUGUCUGCAAACCAGAAUUUGGUUUUUUGGUCUUGCAUUUCAAAAGACUUUGAAUCUGUUUAGUAGAUUCCAUACCCGUGCAUUUCAGUGUUUUAUAUGUACUACUUAAGUUAAAUAGUUGAAAGCCUUUAAAUAGUUGAGCUUUUUAAUGUUGACACUUUAUUUUGUACCUAUUUAUAUAUGUAUGUAUAUCUUAGAAAAGCACUUUGUUAUAAAAUUGCAUUUUAUAUGAUUCCUGCCAUUUGCUGCUAAACCUGGGCUGGUCAGAACGCUGCAGCGAUACUUGAUCUAAAUAAAAACCUGGCAGUAAAAUGUAGAGUGCAAGUUAAAUCCUCUUGCUGUUUAAGAUGACAUAGGCAAGCUGUGCAGCUUUACAUUUUAACCAGGGGACUCUGUGGCAUUUAAAACCGUCUAGAAAUGGUUGUACUUUUAAUGCCAGUAAUGAUCUGCUUCCUUUAUUGUUGUUAAAAUACCUACACCUAGUGUAUCACAGACAGUUCUCACGAGUACGUAAAAACCCCAACAGUUGUACAUGUUCUGUUUUUUAAAAUGGUGGCAUGUAUUUUUGGGUGGAAAUCAUUAGAGUGAGAACUGUCUAAAGGUUUUCUGCGUUCAUACAUGGUAAACAGAUAGCUCAUGAAGUCCAGAACCUUCCCCUAAGUGAAGGCAUUGUGAAUUCUCCUCGGAUAAACCCAUUGUUCCAAAAGCAAGCAUAAACUGACUCUAGUACUACUACAGUAAAAAAGUAACAAUGAACCUUCUGCUUCCUGGUUUCAGAUACACUGGAUUCUUUAGUCUGUGCCCACAUGAGAGCAGGCUGCCCGGCUGCUCCUGUUGAGGUCGUGUGUGAGUUUUUCUGUCAGUGUGAUUGCUUGCUGUGCUGUACCAUGUAUGGGUUCUUGUCCUUUCCAUGUCCUUCAUGAGAUAUUUGGGUGUGGCUUGAUAUUGUGCCUUACUUGUACACUUAAAUGAAACAUCUUCAUUCCCUCCUGCUUCCCAAACCUUAACUUUGUCCUUUUUGUAAGAGAAUCAGAACUAUUCCAGAAGCAUCAUGAAGGAUUUCAGAUGGGUGUGGUUCCAUAGUUCCCUCUCUUUGUAGUUAUUUUAUACUUGUAUGAGAGACCACUUUUGAAUGAUCUUUGAGUAAUCUUGCUGCACAUCCCUUCUCUGGCUUUUGUGACGUUGUCGUGCAUCUCUCUGAUGCUUGACUUCAUUUGCUUCUUAGCAAGAGUCUGCAUUAUAGAAAGGUGCAUUCAUUUCAUCUGCUUGAAUGUGAUUUUGUUUUCUAGAACUUUUUAGAAGAGUACCCAUUUUGUUUGUUUUUUUUUUUUACAACAGAUGACAAGUCUCUUUAAAAGAAACAGAAGUACAGUACUUUUGAAAUACAAUGCUAUUGGUAUGAAUUUUUCUUUUAUAUAAUAUUCAUACAAUUAUCUGAUGUUUGCCUUCAUUAAUAAAGCUGUUAGUUUACUCACCAAAAUGUCGAGAAUGGGCGUGCUCUUCUUUAUUCCACAUAUUUAAAUAAUACUUUAGCUGCUAAGAUUUAGUUAAUUUCCUAAGACAUGAAUUCAAGUUGCCUUCAGCAAGAAUUAACAAAACUCAUGUUCCCUUUCUUUACAUAGUCUUCCUAAAAUUCUGUUCAACUACUUUCUAAUUAAUUAUGUGACAGAAUGUUAGCAUCUCUCCAAAUCUUGAAACUUGAAUUUUGAGAAUGCAUUGAAUUUCAGUGUUAAUGGAAAAGGUCUCGACUAUGUUUCUAGUGGAGUCUUUUGUGGAAUGCCAUUUCCCAUGGAACUGCAACCACUUGCACAACUUUGCACAGAACUGCAGUCUUGUUCUUCCCUGGAUCGUGACAAACGAGUCUCACACAGUGCUGUAAUACUUGUGGAUUCUUUCGUGAUCUUAGUCAUCUUAAUAAGGGCAUUAUGAGAAGAUGACUUCAUGGUUUUUGUUUUUGUCUUUUUUUAACAUUUCAAACACAGUGGGAUGUAACACUGAAUGUCAGCUGUAGGGAUGGUGGUUUCGUCCUAAGGAAUAAGCAUGUUGGGGGAAUGUGAUGCAAAUGUACUACUGAGAGUUACAUACACACUUCCAUAGGCAAGUGGGAUUAUGUGUUGAAGCAUAGUCCCCGUGCUUAGUAAACUGAAAUAGAAAGGACACCUAGGAACUGCACUAUGCCAAAUUGCCGUUUUGUUUUGAAGAGACUUUUGGAGGAGGUGAAGGUAACUGAACCUCACAGCUACUUCCAGAUAGUAUUUUGGAGUUGAAGACUCAGUGGCUAGUGAAGAGCACCCAGGUUUAGAUCUCCGCGUGCCAAGUGGGAACAGGGCUUUGCCUCUUCCACAACAAUGUAAACAUCUGGUGUAGCUGACUCAGUUCCGGGUGCCAGGAGUGGGACUGAUUCUGUGUCUUGCCUUUUGCCCUUUGUUUUUUUCGAACUAAAUAACAAAACUGUGUACGUGUACUGUAUUGGCCUUUCCACCACAUGUUUAACGACACUGUACUUCACUGCCUGCUAUUGUCUUCUUGCCCUAGAGUCUGUCCUUUAGCGUAGCAUUUGUGGUUCAGUGACUCCGGAGCUGCCAACACAGAAGGACAAGAAUACAAAGUGUUUGUUCCAGUGUUUUGGCAGCCUCUUCAAAUAGUUGUGCCUAGGAUCCUGUCUGUGAUAUGAUCAUAAAUACUCCGUAGUUUUGUUUAUUCCCUCACCUCCAGCUGGAGCUGUGACACUUUAUUGGAUUCAGUCUUGUCUCUUGUCUAGAAAGAAUUGUAUCUUGUUCACGCAUGAGCUGUUUAAAAAUGACUCAACGUUGGUAAAUAGUUGUGCAGUUUUCCUUUCAGGAGAAGGCCAUGCACAGGUCGCUUUGUUUUCUGUCACCCUCUAACCUGUCAGCACUGUAGUCAGACACAGAAUCAUCAGUGUAUGCAGCACCCGUUGUAAUUUAAAAUAAAAAUAUGAAAAGAAAAGGUUUUGAA